UCUAAAGGAAGCCAAAAGAUUUAGUUUUAGCUAACUUAUGCUUAAAGUGAAGGCCUGUUGACUUUAUAAUCUGAAUUAGGACGUAUGUCCUAAACUUUAAAUGGUUUGAUUCAACCCAAGAGAUGGAUGAAAAUGAACGGCAGAGGAAACUAGAAGCUGGAAGAGCUAAGAAAUCAUCCAACAUGCCCCGAGGCCAGUCACUUGCUAGCUACCGACAGAAGCGGGCGAAAGGCGACGGUGCGGGGGCGCCGAAAAAGACGCAGAAGAGGAAGGGCCAGGCUGUCUCGCAGAAUGACGGAGAGACGCAAGGCUGCCGCGUAGAACCGGCACUUUCUUCAGCCAAUGACACAGAGCUGACCAAGAAGACCAACCAUGAGGAACCCGAGCAGCCAGAGAAAUUGGAGGUUCAGCAGAACCAACGACAAAAGGAUCAGCCCCCGACCCUGGAGAAACAUCCGUCUCCUGAGGAAGAUUUAAAAGAAGAGGAGCUAGCUGUACUUACUGGCAAGGAGCAGCUUAAGCAGUUACAGCAGGCUGUGGAGAAGCGUAAUGAGAUAAUUGCUCGGCUCAGCUCCAACCUGCAGGAGGCCCUGGCCAGCAGAGACCAGGUACAACUGGAGGCACAGUCACUGGCUGGACAGAUUCAGGCACUUCAGAGACAACUCCAGCAGACUAGCGUAGAGUUUCUGCGCAUAAAAACUCAGUCAGGGGCUGAAGUCCUCAACAAUCAACAACAGCAUCAGCUCGGCCAUUGCUCUCAAGAUGCAGACAUCAAUCAUAAGGAGGCGCCAUCAGGGGAGUCUGGGAGUGCAGGCCCUGGCUUCCAGUCAAGUUUUGACGGCUCCAGCGCUGGCACCGACAGAGAGACAGACACCGUUCUGCACAAUCUGAGGGCCAAGCUUGAAGAAGAAAGGGAGAAGAGCCAACACAUACGUGCCGAACUAGGAGAGGAGAUUGGGAAACACCAAUAUGUGCUUUCUUUACUGGAGGAGGAGAGGAAAGGUAGGGAAGAGGAGCGAAAGGAAAGGGAGGCACAGCUGCAUGACCUCCAGACCCAGUUAAGCUUAGUCCAGACUCAGUGCCUUGAGAUGCAGCAGUUCAAAGACGAGAAGGAGAAGCUGAACAGAGAAGUGCUGGAGCUGAGGAGAAGGCUUCAGGAGGAGGGCGAUGCAGAGAGGAGAUUAAGCGACGAGGUGGCCAGCUCUGCUCUUCGACUCCAGAGACAGGAGGAGGAGAUGCAGAGGCUGAAAGAGGAGCACAGAGAGGAGGUGGAGAGAGUCAGGCAGCUGUUGGAGGAGAGGGAGAAAGAGCUGAAGUUCAGAGAGGAAGAGGUCAAAGGACUCAAAGCCUCCAAGAAUCGGCACAACCAAGCAAAAGCUGGUUUUAAUUGUGAUGAGAAGAUCAGUAUAGGUGAUAUCAGCGGACCUGAUGAGGACAGCAUGAACGUAUCGAUACCUGGAGAUAUUCUGAUGGAGCGCUACCUUUCUUCAGCUCCUCUUGCACACUCACAGUCUUCGGUGAUCAAUGAAAGCUUUGAACACCGCAGUCAGCUGGACAUCUCUGCAGACUGCAGUUUUGAGCUGAACAGUGAAGUGUUGGGAGAUGAGCCUCUGUUGUCAAUCUCAAACCGCUUGCAAGAAGGAAGCGACAACCACCACAACACCUCCACCCCACAGUUCUUCCCUGUGGAUGAUGAUUCCCACCCGCAGUCUCCAUCUCAGUGGCCUCACAACUCCACCGCUGGUGAGCUGGAGAUGAGUAAACUGUCCGAGCAGCAGUUUGAGGAGACUGAUCUGGAAAAGGAGCUGCUGCAUCAGCAGUGUGGGGAGCUCCGCGAUGAGCUGGCUCUUAAGGACAGGGACAUGAAUGUGUUACAGGAGGAAGUCAUCAAGAGUGCUGAGGAGCUGGAUGAGGCCAGGAGCAGGUGGGCUCAGGUAUCAGAAGAGCUCAGACAGGCUCUCUGGGAACUUGAAGAGGAGAAGGAGAAGAGGAGACGCGUUGAGGAGGAGAUGAACUUGAAAGCCCACGAACAAGACAACCUGAAGAACAAACUCAGUGCCUUAAUGGAUGACAGAGAAAAAGAGAAAGCAGUAAUGUUGAAAGGAAAUGAAGCUACUGGACCCUCCCUGUUUGCUCCUGCUACCUCUUCAUCAGAGGAGGGGGAUAAACUGGUAGGGGAUCUAAAAAAUGAGCAGGAGAGGGAGGCUGGUCUCUCGUCUCAUCAGAAACAGCAGGAGCUGCUGCUGUUGUCGCUGCAGGACAUAAAACAGCCCGCAAUCUCUGCCAAACAGAGCUCCGAGCUCAGAGAUGACAACCAGCUGCAAACACUACAGGCUCAGUGUGAACUUCUCACGUUGGAGCUAGAGGAGACAAAAACGACCCACAAAACCACAGCAGCCCUGCUGGAUCAAAGGACUAUGGAGCUGGACGAAACAUUAAAGGAGCUCAAAACGACUCGUUCACAGGUUCUUGAUGUUCAAACCGAGGUGGAAAGAUUGCGGGAAGAGCUGGAGAAGAGUCAGGGCAGUCUGGACAGCGCUGAAAAAGAGAAGAACGAACUGGAGUCUCAAAUCUUCUGUUUGAAACAAAACCUGAUAAACCUGGAGGAGGCCCAGCUCCAGGCAGUGCAGGAGAGAGAGGAGCACAGGAGGAAAGAAGAGGAGAUGGAUGACCGGAUUAAGAAAAUGGAACAAGUCUUAGAGGAGGAACUGGAGCAGUUUGAGAAUCUGCUGAAAGCCAAAGAUGUUGAGUUGGCUGAAGAGAAGGAGAAAUGGGAGGAAGAAAGACAGGAGAAGGAGAGAGAGCUCCUUGAUGUGAGGGAACACCUAGAGGAGCAGAGGAAGGAGUGGGAGGAGGAGGUGAAGGCUCUCCUGGAGAAGCAGCUCGUGGCUGUCGAGGAGGCUACAAAAAGGCUCAAGACAUCUCACCAACAGGAGAUAAAAGACCUGAUGGAGAAACACCAACAAGAGAUUUCUGAGUCGAACACUCGCCUGGAGUCAGAACUGCUGAAGCAGCGGCACGCUGUGGAGGAAGAACAGAAGAAACAGAUGAGUCUAAUCAAACAGGUAACUGAACGUGAGCAUGAAAGGAUGCUAUCACAGCUGACUGCCAAACACAUGGAGGAGCUUAGUCAACUGAGGACAGAGGUGUCAUUAGAGCUGAGGGAGGCUAUGGAGGCUGCUCACCAGGCUGAACUGCAGCAGGCGCAGGUCCAAAAGAUCAGCGAGCUUGAAGCGUUGCGUCUGAGCCUGACCAGCGUCCACACGUCCCAGCUGGAGCACUCCCAGGUGAACAUGCAGCAGGAGCAGGAGUCUGCUCGCAGCAAGGUCCAGGCCUCCAUGAGGGAGACAUUCGCCAAGGAGCGUGCUCUCCUGCAGGCCCAGCAUCAGACCGAACUGGACCAGAUCAGACGGCAGAACCAGGAGCAGCAGGAGAGACUGCGUGAGCUGCACCAACAAGACAUGAAUGAGUUGAAGCAGCAGUGGGAGACUCGUGUUGCUCAGGAGAGAGCUGCCGCGGAGGAAAAGCAGACCAAAGACAUACAGGCUCUAAAGUACCAGUGGGAUAAGGACGCUGAGAGCACCCAGUCGAACCUCCACACAUCACUCUCCGAAACCCAGAACAGCCUUACUGCCACUCAGACAGAACUCGCCAGUACCCAGGCCUCCUUCAUCCAGACCAAUAAAUCUCUUACUGAAGCCCAGGCAGCUUUGUCCCAGACCCAGUCAGAGCUGCGUGACUCAUGUGCCAAACUGGAGGAACUCCAGGCCUCCAGUAAGGAGCAGAACCAGAAACUGGUGGACGAGCUGAAACAAGCCCGGACUGACAGAGAUGCUGCUUCCCGUGCUCUGGAGGACUUGGUUUCAAGUCACAAGGCAGUGCUGGAGGAGAAAGAGCAGCAAGUACUCCACCUACAGGAGAAGGAGCAGCAACUGCAGCAAGAGGUUUUGCACCUUCAGGAGGAGAAGAACUCGCUAAAACAGAGCUCAGAACAAGAAGUAGGUCAGCUGUGGACCCAGUUGGAGAGCAUGAGGGCCAGUCGCCGAGAAUUGGGAGAGCUGAAGGAGCAGCUGCUUGCUCGCUCAUCUCGCGUUGAUGACAUUGAGCGCCUGAAGACAGAGUUUAAUGAACAAAAACGGGAAAUCAAAGAGCAGAAUGAGGCUGAGCUGGAGAGCCUGAGGAGGUACUUUGAGCAGCGAUUGCGUGCAACAGAGGAGAGCUACAGAGAGGAAAUUGCUCUGCUCCAGCUGAGGCUAGUGGAAAGUGCCUUGGAGGAAACUGUGCUUAAAACUGCAGAUGACAGUUUAAUAUUUCAAGGCCAAACUAAGGAGGAAAAAGAUGAUGUGCUUUCUGAUACCAGCCUCAACCUGGAGAAACACGAGGAAGCUCAUGACUGUUUGCGCCUUCAGCUGGAGGAGAAACACAGAAUGGAGCUCUCCAGUCUCCAGUCUUCAAUGACUCUUUCCUUCAAGGAGGAGCUGAGACAAGUUCGCUCAGACCUCACUGACCAGUACUAUCAAGAGCUGCAGGAGAAGAAGACUCGUCAUGCCCUUGAGCUGGAGCAACUCAGAGCCAAACUAUCUGACCGUCACUUACAAGAGCUUACCAGAGCUCGUUUGGAGGCUGCACGGCAUGUUGAGGUGGAGGUUGAACAGAGGAUGUGGUGUCACACUGAGGAGCUGCACACAAAGUUGGGCAUCAUCAGUUCCCUGGAGAACCGACUCUCUGCCUUGAGUAAACAACAUGAUGCAGAAAUACAAAAGCUGAAACAGGACUUUGCUGGGGAGCUUGUCCAUCUGGAGGAAGCUCUUAAACAGGAGAGGGAGGAUGUUCAGGAGCAGAUGAAGAGGUUGAGAGAAGAACUCCAAGAGCAGCAUGAGGCAGAGCUCUCAGUCCUGAAGCUGGACCUCCACAAAGAGACGGAGAAGGAGAGGACUCGCUUUGAAAAAGCACUUGAUGAAGAGAAGGAGAAGUUAAAGUCUCUACAAGCUGCUCUGGACAAUGAUGAGAGCCCACAGGUUCUGAUCGUGCGGCAGAGACUAAAGGCCCAGUAUGACAGUGAGCUGCAGAGGGCAAAGAGCACCAUGGCAACAGAAAUCAAGGAGCUCACUGCUCUUCUCCAGGAGGAGGCUGAAGAGCGGCUACACCAAGCCCAAGAGAGGUUCCAAGAGGAAAAAGCAACGUUGGAGCAGAGUUUGGCCCAAAAGUAUGAAAUCUCUCUGGCAGAGCUGAAGAACAAACAUCAGACUGAGCUGGAACAUGAGAGAGCGACACUACUGAACAAACACUCACAAGAGAAGGACGCACUCAAUGCCAAACACAAAGCACAACAAGAUUCACUUGGUGCCAGUCACAAGGAUCAGCUUGCAGCUACGGCCGCGGAGCUCGAGUCCAAACACAACGCCGAGCUUGUUGCCUUGGAAGCAGCUCUUAAUUCCAAACGAAAGGCAGACCUUGAGAGUCUGGAGGCUGUUUUUCAGGACACCAAUCAGGCUCAGCUGGAGGCUUUAGAAGCCGAGUUAACUCGCAAACACCAGGAAGAGAGGGAUGAACUGGAGAAGAGGAUGCUGGGUAAUAUGGACACUUUGGAGGCCACAUACCUGCAGGAAGUGCAGACUCUGCGUGAUGAAAUGGUGCAACUUGAAGAGAAACAUCGUCAAAACCUGGAUCGUCAGAGUUCAGAACGUAAGCAGCUAAUGGAGCGCCACGCCGCCGAGCAGCUGUCUGUCAGAGAGGAGCUGAGGAAAGAGCUCGCUCAGAUGCACAUUGAGAAGUUUAGUGCCAUGGCAGCAGAGCUCAGCCACGUUCACAAGGCUGAGCUGGCGACUCAAAAAGAGGCCUUAGACACUGAGCACUGCAAAGCCCUGGAAACCCUGAAAAAACAGGUUUUGGAACUCGAGCAACAGCACAGCACCGCUCUUCAGGAGCUCUCACACACGUGCACUACUGAGAAAGAGCAACUCAUCACACAGCACCAGCUCCAGCUCCAGGAGCUGAGGGGCGUCUCUGCACGGGAACUGGAGGCAUGUCGCAGGGAGCUUGAAGAGGAGUCAUCGAGGCAACGUCAGCACUUCCUCGAAGAGGUGGAGCUCCUCAAAGUCCAAUCAGAGGAGAGACUGCAGGACAGGAUUAAUCAACUGAAGACGGAGUUCGAAGAGCAGAAGGAGGCGGAGCUCGAGGACCUGAGGCGGAGCUUCACAUCUGAACAGGAGGAGAAGGAGCGGAGCUACACGGGCAAAAUGAGCCAGCUCACUUUCCAACUGCAGCAGCUGGAUGCUGUGGUUGCCCAGCUGCGAGCAGAGGUCGGCUGUCUGCAGGGAGAAUUAGAGGGGAAGCGUGCGGAGAUGGAGACCUUGGACACUCUCCUCCAAAGACGAGAGCGAGAGAGUCAAGAGGGAGGCAACCUUCUGAGGAUGCUCACUGAUGACCUGCAGACUGCUAAAGAGGACAGACAUAAACUGCACCAGGCCAAUGAAAAACUGAAGAGAGUGCUGAUUGAGAUGAUUCGAAGCACCAUCGCAACAGAAGAUCUGAUUGGACAAAAGAUAAACGCCAGAGCCAAAACACCUGAGCAGGCGACCAAUCGGAGAAGCUCAACAGGAAACAAAGAUGCACAAGAGUCAGGCAUUUCAGUUGCAGACUUUUCUUCAGAGGACAUGGAGCUGACGCAGCUGCUCUGUGAGAGCCUGCUGGUGUCAGAUACUCAGAUCAAUCCUGGGGGAGAAGAAGCGGCUCUGAACGCCUGCAGCAGACUGCGUCACACUGUUGACACGCUGCUGGAGCUGCUCAACCAGGCCAACACACAGCUGGAGCAGACUCAUGGUGUCCACCUCUCUCUCGAGGAGAAGUUCUCUCAGGGCAGAGACGACUCCGCCCAACUGCUUGAGCAGCACACUCUCCUGAUGGAGCAGCUCGAUCAGGAGGCGAAACUGAAGAGUAAACUCCAGCUGGAGCUCCACAAGGCAGAGGGUCUUCUGGAGGGCUACGUGGCUGAAAAAGCAGUCCUAGAGGAGUCUCUACAGCAGAAGGAGGCACAAGAGGAGAGGCUAGUGGAGGAGCUGGAGGGCCUGAAGGUGAAGCUACACCAGAUGCAGGGCCUCACCGCAGAGCUGGACAACCUCAGACUGAAGCACCAGGAGCUCAGUGAGGAGCAUGCACUUCUCCUGCGUCAGAAGGAGCAUCUUUCUGCCGGUCUGGGGGAGAGGGAGAAAGCUCUACUGGCAGAGACGGAGCGGUUAACCCGGGAUAGGCUGGACUUGCAGCGGCAGGCGGAGAAGGACCACAGCUCUCUGUCGUUGCGCCUCCGGGCCUUGGAGAGAGAUCUCGAAGAGCAGGAAACAAAGGGCCUGGAGACGGAGCAGCACCACAAGACCCACACUGAAGAUCUGCGCCAGCGCGUCCAGGCACUCGAGAAACAGCUAAAACACGACCGGCAGUUUAUUGAGGAGCAGGCUGUGGAGCGUGAACACGAGAGAGACGAGUUCCAGCAGGAAAUCCGAAGCCUGGAGGCCCAACUCAGACAGACAGCCAGCGUGGAUAACAAGGGACACAGGUUUGAGGACUUGGUUCUGCAGGUGGAAAGUCUACAAGCUAUCAUCAAAGACAAGACGGAGGACCACGCCUCCCUGCUUGCAGCCAAUCAGCAAGCCCAGCGCGAUCUCGCAGAGCGCAACGAGGAGAUAGAUAAGCUAGCUGGGCGAAUCAGAGAGCUGGAGCAAGCACUGCUGAACAGCGCUGAGAAUAAUCGAUCCAUCAGUCAACUGGAACAAGAGCUCCACAGAGCGAAGUUGAGAGAACAGGAGCUCACGCAAGACAAGGAGGCGCUGGAGCAGCAGCAGCUGUCCAACAGGCUCCAGAUCUCCGCCCUGCAGUCCAAACUGGAUGAGACAAGACACUGUUACCAUGACAACACGCGUGACCCCACCCACGAGCUUAGCGAUGCCCUGGAUGCUGCUCAGCAGAGUCUACAGAGCAAAGAGCAAGAGAUUGAGGUCAUACUCAGCCAACUGGAGACGGUGCAGAGGGAUUUGAGCAUCAAAGAGGUUGAACUGAAACACCUCACACUGCAGCUGGAGCUGCUGACCAAUCAGAAUGCAGCUCAUGUUAACGAGCUCCAAGAACAGAUUGCUGCCCUAAAGGAGAAUGUGUCUGCUCUCACGAUUCUCAAGGAGGAGAAAGAAGGACAAAACGAGGUGGAGGAUACAGAGGAGGAUAAUCUCCCUUCAGCGUUACUCCAUGAGAAAAAUCAGGAGAUCGACCACCUCAACGCUGAGAUCCAAAGACUGGAGCAGGAGCUGGAGAGCGUCAGGGAAAACGAGGCUUUAGAGGCUGAGCUCGAGGAUCUGCGCUCGCAGGUGGAGCACCUUCAGUCUGAAGUCAUGAGAGUGCGUCAGGACAAACAGGAAGAGGAGGAGCGCCUUCAUGAGGUCAUCAGCACGCUGCAGGCAGAACUCGCCACGUUAGGGCCCAACCUGCACGAAGUCAGUGACUCUCAGGAUUGUGACAGCGUCACUCCGUCACCGGCUCCCAGCCCCGAACCUCAGCGCUACCCCAUCCAGGAACAAGUGAGGAGGGGAGGCCCACACAGCCUGAAGCAAGAGCUCAGUCUGAGUCACUCCGCCUCCUCUCGUCCCCUCCGAUCUCGUGUCAAGGCCCUCCAGAGUCAGCUGGAGACUGCGGUGGCAGAGAAAGAGGGGCUGGAGCGAUUACUGCUCACCCAGGAGGAAGAGUACAGAGGACACGGGGAGGAGUUCGGGAAGAGGCUGACAGCUGAGAGGGAGAGGGCAGAUGAACUCCAAGGUGUCCUCGCUGUCAGAGAAGCCGAGCUGGAGGAGGUCAAAGCUCAAAAAGAAGAGGAGGCGCAGAAGUGGAAACUAUCUGAAGAGGAGAGGGACAAAAUUCAAGCCCAAGAGAUGAGCGCCCUGCACGAGAAGAACGCCCACCUCAGCUCUCUGAUUACAGAGCUCCAAAAGAAAGAACAGGAGAGCACGAGCGUCAUUGAGACCCUAAAAACAAAAGAGCAGGAGAUGAAAAUAGAAAUGGAGGUCCUGAGAGAAACCAGUCUGACUCUUGAGAGACAAGUCCAGGAGGUGAGAGCCGAGGUGGGAGACAUGGAGGAGCUGGUUGCUGAGGAGAGGACAAAAAUUAUAACGUUUGAGACUGUGAAGGGAGAGCUUUCUGCUGAACGCGAGGCGCUGAGGAGGAGGGAGAGACAACUCCAGGAGGAAAUUGAAAGGCUCAGACAGGAAGUGACUUCAAUGAGAGCGUGUAUCCAGGACCUGACGGCUCAGCUCCAUGAGAAGGAAACCAGUCAAGAAGAGGCUCAAAAGGAAGUGCUGACCCAUGCUGAGGUGACCCUGGCCAAAGCCGACGCUGCCUUGAGACAGAGCGAAGCUGAGCUCUGCAGACUGAGGGCAGAGCAUCAGGCUCUGAGGGCGGAGCUGGCUGCAGUGAAACAGGGUCUUAGUACCAGUACAGAGAGGGCUGAGAAGCUACAUGAGGAAGGACAGUCCAAAGACCGUGCCCUGGUGGACCUGGAGACUGACAACCAGCGGCUGAAGGAGGAGCUCCGAGGUCUACAAGAGGACCUGGCUGUACAGGAAGAGGAACUGGCCUAUCAGAAAAGAGAACUACAGCAACUCAGACAGCACUGUCCCCAGCAGGACACACUUCCUCACCAGCAAGGAUACCCACAGAAGGAUAUUUCUCACAGAGCUUUUGAGGACGUCGUCAGCGUCUCUCGAGAUGAAGUCUCUCUGAGCUCUCCGGAGGUUUUAAGGAGACUCGAAUGCUCCGAAGACAGAAUCCCUGAGCGGUUCCACGCCUCCAUUCUCGGCUCUCGUCUGUCUGAGCUCAGUGCUCUGAACAGCUCGGGCCUGGAGCUCCACCAGGUGAAAACGUCUCCCAGGGUUGUGAUGGAACCUCCGCCACACUCCAGGACCAUCACUCCAGAUCCAGCCACACAGACUACCCACUCACCAGGCUCCGUGUCGGUGUCUGAUAACUUCUCCAUGCUCGACUCACUGGACACUGAUAAAGCGCGUGAACUGGAAGAUCUUGACCUGACAACGCCUCCAUCUCCUCUUGGCUCCACCUCCUCCUUGUCUGCACCAGAAUGGGCCAGUGAUGGAUAUGGCAGUAACGUGAGCUCAGAACUGGGUGCGAGGCUGAGAGUGGAGCUGGAACAGACUGAAAGGCUGGACGCUCAGUUUCUUGAGUAUCUCCGCUGCCGAGGAAUGAACCCCACAGUUAACACAGACAGUGCUGCAGGCAGUAUGAGCUACAGUGAUGACCUGUUGUCACCUGAGCUUCAGGGUCUGCUUAAAAAAGUGUACCAGGAAAGCUGCAGAAUUCUCACUCUGUCCCAGCGUCGCACCGCUUCCUCAACACAACCUCAUGUCUCGGACGUAAGAGCCUUCUCAUUAAACCAAACAGAGCAUCAUUCUAAAGAUAGCUUUGUCAUACGGGACCGCCUGGACAAUUCGUCCUCCAACCCCCCCAUGAGCUGGCAGCAGGAGAAGAGGGCACUGCAGGAGACUGUGAUCGCUCUCCGCGAGCUGCUCUGUCGAAUGGCCCAGAGAACCACACAAACUGACUGCAGAGAUGAAAGUGACUGGCACAGAGAUCAACUCCAGACUGACAGACAAGUUGAAUUUCAGCUGAGGGCCGAGCUGGAGGAGAGCCAGAAACAACUGAAGUGUGCUCGCGACACUCAGCAAGAGCAGAAGAACAAAAUACAGUCAUGCAGACUGGCUAUAGAAGAGAGUGAAGAGGCUUUGAAAAGAGAGCAGAACAAAGUCCAGGAGCUCCAACAACAACUGGAGCAGGAGAGAGCUCUGAGUCUCCGUAAGGACAGAGAGGAGGAGGAGAAGAGAGAGGCUGUGCAGGUAUCCUCUGAGCAGCAGAGGUCAGAGGUCAUGACUCUGAAGGGUCAGGUGGAGCAGGAGAGGGUGGCCUGCAGCAACCUCAGACAGGAGCUUCAGAUUGAACAAUCCCGCAGCGUGCUGCUGGAGAAAUGCCUCAGCGACACCCAGAAGGAGCUAGAGGAUGAACGCCAACUUUCAGCUCGCCAGCAAGAGCUCAACUUACAGGACAAGACUCGUCUUGAACGCCUCCUGACUGAAGCAGAGUCCCGCCUUGCAGAAAUUCACUCCAAGCUCGCAGAUGCUCACAGGAAGCUGGAUGAGGAGCGAGACCGUUGCUCCAGACAGGUGGACGAACUCAGCCGCAGAUACGAGGGGGACACAGCCCGAGAUAGGAAGUUCAUCUCGGACAUGCGCGCCCAGCUAGAGCAGGAGCGUCGGCAGGGGGAGGAGCUGGCAGGUGUGAUGGACAAACUCAGGGCGGAGCUACUGCAGAGCAGGAGAAAGUGGGAAGAGGAGGACAAAGCGAGGAGGGAGGAGCUUCAGAGGGAGCAGGAAGCCGCCACCCGGCAUCGUGUAGCGAUGGAGACACUGAAGGAGCAGAAACAGGAGGCCUGCUGUGCUGUAGAGGUGGAGCGAGAGCGGUUCAGACACCAAAGGGGAGAACUGGUCGAGCUGAAGGAGAGACUGCGACUGCUGAAGGACAAAGAGAGGGAGAGGGAGGAGCAGUGGGAGAGAGAGAGGAGAAGAGGGAGGCAAGAGCAGAUGGAGAGGGAGAGACGGCAGGAGAGGACCAACAGCAAACUGUGUGAGUUGGAGUUGUUGAGGCAACAGGACCAGCAGCGCAUGCAGGAGCUGCAGCACACUCUGGCAGAGCUGCAGAAAGAGGAGAGAGAGAUGGCCGCUCAGAGGCUGUCAGGACGAACCUCAGGGAAGCAACACGCGGCUUCGUCUUCACAGCAGCUCCAAAGUGACUUCCAGACAGGAAGCGCACAACAAAACCAGCAGACGCCACCAUCGCCCGGUCUGCUGGAAAGGUUGUUGAAGGAGAACUCGGAGCUGAUGGAGCGUGUGACAUCACUGAGUCAGGAGAGAGCCACCCUCAAACACAGACUCACCUGCCUUGAGCGACAGCUGCAGCGAACAGAGAACGAGCUCGCCAAGGUCACCGCAGAAACUGAAAACAGGCCCAUCAAUGACGUCACCAGCAACAGCAAGGUGCAGCGGUUGUAUGAGCGUUACCUGCGUGCUGAGAGCUUCAGGAAAGCUCUGGUGUACCAGAAACGUUACCUGCUGCUGCUGCUGGGAGGUUUCCAGGAGUGUGAGCAGGCCACGCUGUGUCUUAUCGCCCACAUGGGGGCUCGGCCGUCACCCCCUCUCUCCUCCCAGAACAGACCACUCGGACGAUUUAGGGCUGCUGUACGAGUUGUCAUCGCUGUGUCGAGAAUGAGGUUCCUCACCAGGAAAUGGCAGAGAGCCAUCAGAAGAUUGUCUGUCUCUGGGACUGUAAACGGGCACGCUGCAGGACCUAAAGCUGAAGUUUUAAAGCAGCAACAACAACAGCCAAGAUUAAAGUUCGACUCGCCACCAAACAGAGACAGUGGUGCCGUCCACAGAGACACAGUGUCCGCUCUUGUUCCACCCACAAAAUCACCCUUCAGGUUGCACAACAGGACGUACUCCAACUCCACGCUGGCCUCUGGGCAUUCAGGAGGAACGUCUCAGGAUCCAGAGCGAUCGCUGACUGAAUAUAUCCACCAUCUAGAGAAAGUCCAGCAACGAUUGGUGGGAGCAAGACAAGGUCCGUCUGUUUUCCAGCCCGACCCGAAGUUAUCCGACCACUGAAUGAAUGAUUGUCUGCUAUCUGCAUAUCCAAAACUGUCCAUGCCUUACAUCCAUGUAGAAAUAUCUAGAAAGGAAUAUCAAACAUGUUGAUUUUUUUUUGGAUGACAUGUGAUUUUAUAAGUGCAUAAAUUAUUUUUCAACAUUUUCUAUUGUAAUUUUUCUAUUCUCUGUAUGAUAGUAUUUUGAAGGACACUUGAGAUGUUGCGAGUACAAAUGUUUUUCAUGAUUUGAAACAGUGCUGUUUGUUAUUUUUCUACUAAUGUUUUUAUACCUUUUUGUGCGAUGUAAAUAAGGCUGAUAAUAACUGUACAUGUCACCAAAUUUGCACUGAUUUUUACUGGAAGUCCAUGAUCAACAUAGCUAGUGAGCACAUUAUUGCAUAAAGGUGAACCAUAUGUGUUUUUUGUACUAUCUAUGUUUCUACCAUAAAGUUGAUAAAUAUUUUAAA